UUAAUGACACCGGAUCCAGACCACACUUGUUACUGGACUCGGCUGGACUCAGGUUCUUGCUGCGUUGGUUUUAGGAUGAUGUUGGCUCUCUGGCUUCUUUGGAGCUGGUUCCACUCGACUCUGGGGGGUCCCGUCUCCCGCUCCAUGUGGUUUGAGAGGCCAGCAGAGAACGGAGCGUCCGACUCUUCGUUCCACCGCCUGCCGGUCUUCCUGCACGCUCCCAGGCAGCUCGUGCCCCAGGACUUGCUCCUGCCGGCUCGGUACUCCGAUGAGCGUGUUCCUGCCGGACUCACUGCGCUGCUCAUACCCCCGGCAAAACCACGGGCGACCGGGCUGGGUCGGGGCGCGCGCGCUGUGGAGGCCACGUGCGGCGCGGAGACGGUGUCUGUGCGCGUGGACCGCUCGCUGCUGCGCGCGUGGACCGAGCCGUCUCGGUUCAGACUAGGCUCGUGCGGAGCCAACAUGGUCACCUCCCGCUUCCUGUAUUUCCAGUUCUCACUGAUGGAGUGUGAUGGACAACUUCAGGUUGCUGGUGGGGAGCUGAUAUAUACCUAUUAUCUGAGCUACACUCCACCUCCACAGGGCUAUGUCAUCAGGGCUUACCCCAUUAAGCUUCCCAUCCACUGUCGCUACAACAGGUUUCAUUAUUCUUAUAAAGUUGGUUACAGACCACAAGUUCAACACACAACAUUUCUAAAGAGUAUGAAGAGUAGACUAACAUUCAGCCUCACUGUCUGCAAUGCACAGUGGGAUCCUCUUCCUCCUGGCCAUGCUUUCUUUUUAGGAGAUCCUGUGAAUUUUUUGGCUCGGACAGGAAAUCUGUUGCCUGGAGAGAGGCUUUUUGUGGACUUUUGCUACGCUUCAGGCUCUGAAGAUCCAAGCACUUUGCCCAAAGUGGAUAUUAUUUCUAACUUUGGCUGCAUGACCGACGGCAGAAGGGAGGGCAGCAACUCUCGGUUCCUGUCAGGAGGGGCUGGUGUGGUGAAGUUCUCUCUGGAUGCUUUUCUGCUCAAAGAAAUCUCUCAAGUGCAGUACCUUCACUGCUCAUUGUCAGUUGGUCUCUACACUUCUCACAUUGCAAAGUCCUGCAACUACAACAAGGCACUUGGAAGAUGGGAGGAGCUGACAGCUUCUCCCUCGGUGUGUUCCUGCUGUAACUCUGUGUGCUCUGACACUGCGACUGCUUUCAGCAGUAAAGUCAGAAGUUCAGGCUGGCUUGUUGAGCAAAAGCACCAGAAACCAGAGUUGAGAGUGAGGGCUUUCCAAACUGAAAAGGACACAGAACCAGUGGAUGAAGAUGAGAAAGGCGACAUGGAUGUGCAUGAAGAUCUCCAGACUGACUCUGAAGAGACCAAAGGAGAAACCACUAGUGACAAAAUAGGAUGGAAGUCUGCAAAGGUCAAUCAUGAGGAAAAGGCAGAUGAUGGAAAAGAAAAUGAGGAGGUAAUGAUAACAAUAGGCAGUGAGCUGAAAGAUCUGCUUACCAUGGACAUGUCGGAUCAAAAUAGACCAGUUAGGAAUGAAACGGGUCAGGUCAGAGAGGAGGAGCUGUAUUUUAGAGAUUUUGUGCUUUCUUCCACUGGUGAUGAAAAGAUUACCUCCAUAGAUGGCUUUGGUAACAACACGAACGGAAGACAUCCCAGGUUCGAUAUUAGUCAGAGCUCUACUCGUGUAAUUUCCACCAAUACAGUUUGUCCGAACAGUGUCAAUAAUAGCUGCAGUGCUGCUAAAGGUUCAGGUCAAAGUAAAAACAAUAGUUACAAAAAUGAACAUGGCAUCAUGUACAGGAAGCUGAAUAUUCCACCUUCUGAUGCAAAAGAUGCCCGGACACAUUUUACAACCAGUAACUUUGAUACAAACACGUCUGCUCUUUCUGACCUGAGAUUAACGAAGCGUAGCUCUGAGCUGGAUGAAGUGAGCACUGCCUUAAAGCUGAAAGACAUCAAAUGCAUUAAUAAACCUGACUCUGUUAACAGUGAGUCAGAUGAGGGGGAUAACCUUCGGAUCAAAGAGUUUGAAUCAGAGCGAUCUGUUCAACCAUCUGAGUCCAGAGAUUUGAUUUGUAGCGACGAUGCAGAGUCUGAUUUGAAUUCUGGAGCUAUAGGUGAAGCCCUUCAUUGGAGUCUGUUUACAGGAGAAAUGGAUGCAUAUUAAGGAGGUUUUAGUUGGUUCAAAGUAAAUGCAUGAAUGUCCCAGUAGUUAUACCCUGGUGACCAUCACCACCUGCACAGACUCUGAAAGCAACUUGUAUGAUGACAAACAGGCUGAGCUGGUGUUGAAUUGGAUAAAAAAAAAUAAACCAUAACUUCAAGUUCCACUAAUCUUUUUCCUCUUGAUUUGUUUCAGAAAUGUAGGCCAGUAAAUCAUUUUGCAUGGAUUAUGUUUUGAAAGUGAAAACCAGAACUAUGUUGGCCUUUUAAAAGCACUUUGAUGGAACUGGAGUAAAAUGUCAGGAAAAUAAUUUUUUUGUUGUUGGCUCUGCUCAUGUUAGCUCUGCUCAUGUAGAAUUAUUCAAUAAAUUUUAAGUCAAUUUA